UAAUUUUUUUCUUUUUUUUCUUCUGGCAAUGUAAGAAGGGCCUGGACGUCUGCCUGUAAGACUGUCAGCUGGCAUGUUAGGCUAGUUUAAGAGGCUAACAGAUUGAUUCAGCCUACAGUUGUGCUGCUUUGGAACUUUAUUUGAGCAAGAUCUGUCAAACCGUGUCAUCUCAGAUAUCAUCAUUAGCUUUUUCCUGCUAAAUGUCUCCACCUGCAGGUGAAUCAGUGACAGUACACAAACUACAUGGGCGAAGUAACCAUCCAGUGAUAACUGUCUCAUCCAAGGCCGGUUCCAGGCAUAAGUGACAUCGGCCUUAACUCAGUCGAGGGUCUCAACUUACUAUUGAGAGUAAGAAUAGUAGAAUGCACCAGGUGCAAUUUCGAUAUGUGGUUGUGCAGAAGCAGUUUUUCUCUUAUCAGUCACUGGCAGUCACUCAAUUAGCCAUGUCAGCUAACACAUUUUAGGUUAGUAGUUAGUCUAGCCAGCUACCUAAACUUGUAGUAAUCAUGGCCGAAUACCAACCGGGCAUGCAGUGCACGUGCCCAGGGGCCCCCAUUGACUUUGUUAGUCAUUCUCACUCAGAUAAUGAUAGUAUGGCAUAACUCAUUACAAAAUGUGUAGAAUGGCAGAAAAUUUGCUUUAGAACUGCAAAAAGUUCUCUCCACCCAAUGGCAAAAUGCGUAGAAUUGCUGAAGAUAUGUUGUAAAAUUCCACAUUUCUUCUAUCCGGCCCAUGGCAACAUAUGUAGAAUUGCAGAAAACUUGCUUUAAAGGUCCAAUGGGGCCAAAAAAGAACUGGGACAUUUUCAGCUUCCAGGAAUUGUGUACAGUUCCUUGCAACAUGGAGCCGCGCAUUAUCAUGCUGAAACAUGAGGUGAUGGCGGCGGAUGAAUGGCAUGAAAAUGGGCCUCAGGAUCUCGUCAUGGUAUCCCUGUGCAUUCAAAAUGCCAUCGACAAAAUGCAAUUGUGUUCGUUGUCCGUUGCUUAUGUCUGCCUAUACCAGGGGUGGGCAACUCCAGUCCUCGGGGGCCUGAUUGUUUUCUCCAUCCCUAGCAAAUACAGCUGAUUAAUCCAAUUGAAUACUAAACUGAAGUUCAUGAUUAGGUGAUUAUUGGAGUCAGGUGUGUUAGCUGGGGCAAAACUGUAACACCAAUUAGGCCCUCGAGGACUGGAAUUUGCCACCCCUGGCCUAUACCAUAACCCCACCAUAGGGCACUCUGUUCACAUCAGCAAACCUCUUGCCCACUCGACUCCAUACAUGCUGCCUGCCAUCUGCCAUGUACAGUUGAAACUGGGAGUAAUCUGUGAAAAACACACUUUCUCCAGCGUGCCACUAGCCAUCGAAGGUGAGCAUUUGUCCACUGCAGUCAGAAUGCCAAUUGCACGCUCCCUCAUCUUGUGACAUCUGUGGCAUUGUGUUGUUUGACUAAACUGCAAAUUUUAGAGUGGCCUUUUAUAGUCCCCAGCACAAGGUGCACCUGUGUAAUGGCAGCAUUCGCUCAAAACUGAAAACGCGAACCAUCGUAUUUAACCACGGCAAGGUGACUGGGAAUAUGGCCGAAUACAAACAGUGUAGUUAUGGAGGGAAUAAGGCAAUCAAACAGGCAAACAUCAGUAUAGAGACAAAGUGGAAUCGCAAUUCAACGGCUCAGACACGAGACGUAUGUGAAAGGGUCUACAGACAAUCAUGGACUGCAAAGCAAAAACCAGCCACGUCGCGGACACUGACGUCUUGCUUCCGGACAAGCUAAACACCUUCUACCGCUUUGAGGAUAACACAGGGCCCAGACGGCAUCCCUAGCCGUGUCCUCAGAGCAUGCGCAGACCAGCUGGCUGGAGUGUUUACGGACAUAUUCAAUCUCUCCCUAUCCCAGUCUAUUGUCCCCACAUGCUUCAAGAUGUCCACCAUUGUUCCUGUACCCAAGAAAGCAAAGGUAACUGAACUAAAUGACUAUCGCCCCAUAGCACUCACUUCUGUCAUCAUGAAGUGCUUUGAGAGACUAGUCAAGGAUCUGCACAAUGCCCUAUCUCAUCUGGACAAGAGGAAUACCUAUUUAAGAAUGCUGUUCAUUGACUAUAGCUCAGCAUUCAACACCAUAGUACCCUCCAAGCUCAACAUUAAGCUUGAGGCUCUGGGUCUGAACCCUGCCCUGUGCAACUGGGUCCUGGAUUUUCUGACUGGGUCCUGGAUUUUCUCCCGUACUCCCUGUUCACCCAUGACUGCGUGGCCAUGCACGCCUCCAACUCAAUCAUCAAGUUUGCAGAUGACACAACAGUAUUAGGCCUGAUUACCAACAAUGACGAGACAGCCUACAGGGAGGAGGUGAGGGCCUUCAGACUGUGGUGCCAGGAAAAUAACCUCUCACUCAACAUCAACAGAACAAAGGAGCUGAUCGUUGACUUCAGGAAACACCACCUAUCCACAUUGACGGACCACAGUGGAGAAGGUGGAAAGCUUCAAGUUCCUCGGUGUACACUUCGGUGACAAACUGAAAUGGUCCAACCACACAGACAGUGUAGUGAAGAAGGCACAACAGAGCCUCUUCAACCUCAGGAGGCUGAAGAAAUUUGGCGUGGCACCUAAAACCCUCACAAACCUUUACAGAUGCACAAUUGAGAACAUCUUGUUGGGCUGUAUCAACGUCUGGUAUGGCAACUGCACCGCCCGCAACCGCAGGGAUCUCCAGAGGGUGGUGCGGUCUGCCCAACGCAAAACCGGUGGCAAACUACCUGCCCUCCAGGACACCUACAGCACCCGAUGUCACAGGAAGGCCAAAAAGAUAAUUAAAGACAACAACCACCCGAGCCACUGCCUGUUCACCCCGCUAAUCAUCCAAAAGGUGAGGUCAGUUCAGGUGCAUCAAAGCUGGGACCGAGAGACUUAUAAACAGUUUCUAUCUCAAGGCCAUCAGACUGUUAAAUACUGUUAAAUAGUCAUCAAUAGGGCUGCUGCCCUAUAUACAUAGACUUGGAAUCACUGGCCACUUUAAUAAUGGAACACUAGUUACUUUAAUAAUGUUUACAUAACUAAAGUUUUGUUACUAAGGAUUCCACAACGCGGUUAGCCUUUACGGCUGGGACUGCAAGUUUGUGUCCUUUUUUGUGCGUGGAUUCCGUGAGUGCCAGCUGGUUGUACUACAGACACUUGUCGUCGUCGUCGUCGUGGGAAAGACUCAUUGUUAUCUUUUCGUAAAACAACUGGUUGCAGUAUAGAGCCAAUCAGGAUACCAAGGAGAUCCUGAGGGAAAUCGACGAGUACCAACAGCUUUACGCUAUGGAGGAACAACAUACUCCUUCGUGGAAAGAUCCGACCACCUCACAAAAUAACUUUAACCCGACAAAAUAAAGAAAAACAGAUUAAUCUACAGACACGGACGAUUUACUUACCAUUGAGGUAGAGACUAGUGCUCUGGCUGGAAUCCAUGCAACAAUGGAAAAGUUGUGUGAGGAGGUAGCAGGACUGAGGGGGAUUUUGGAGUUCAGCCAGAGUGAAAUUCUCAAGCUCCAAAGAGAAAACAAGACACUCACAGCUAAGGUAAAAAUACACGAUUCCAACAUGGAUUGUCUACUCAGGGAAAACAGGGUGAUGAAGAAGACUCUACUAGACAAACAAAGUAGUAGCAUGCGUGAAAAUCUAUUUUUUUCUGGUAUUCCUGAGGAUGCAUCCAAUAAUCCAGAGGGCGCGAUCAGAGAAUUCAUGCAAUCCGUCUUGAAACUUCCUAUAGAGACUGUAAACAAGGUGGCUUUCCACCGAGUACACAGACUUGGAGCUCGGAGCGACAAGACCAAGGGUCCCUGACCGAUCAUCUGACCGAAAAUUUGAACACUACCAACAAAAGGAGCUGAUCAAAAGCAGAGGAAGGGACCAAAUUCAGUCUCAAUGACCAAUUUCCAAAGGAGAUAAACGAACGUUGAAAGAGACUGUAUCCGGUACAAAGACAACAAAGGAAGGAUGGUAGGCGUGCCUUUAUCAUUGUGGACAAAGUCUUUAUAGAUGGACAGCUAUUCCGAGAGAGCUACAUAACACCGUGGCUGUACUAAAUUCUACAGGGACUUCAGGUUACGGAAAAAAAGAAGUUAUGGGAACUGUUUAAAAUAUCUGAACAUUAUGAAGUGGAUAUGAACACACACGUACUCAACUACAUGCUUGCUUACACAUACGGACUUAUACAUACACACACCAUCUGAUCUCACUCUCUUUCUCUUCUCUCCCUCUCUAUUGUCGAGAACUGUUUUAUAAUUGAAUGUGUUUAUUGUUUGUCUAUCUUUUUUAUGUAUUUGUCUAUAAGUUUAUAUAUGUUUACAACAAGCAAGGGGAAGAUAUCAGAAUAGGGGAAUUGGGGAAUAAUAACAUAUUGUACGGAAUACAUUUGUACUGUAGUGAAGCCGUCUCUAGAGUAAUGCAAGGUCUCUUUCAUGAUCAUGUGAAACGUCAAUUGCUAUGGAAAUGCUGGGGUGUGUUUUUCAAUUAUGUUAAAUGUAAUUAUGAUGCAACUAUGAUGGUGAUACGAUAUGGAUUACAAUUAUGAAUAUUAACGCUAUACGCACUACAUGUUACACACAUAGACACUCAAACAUGCAAAUUGGCAGAGUUAUUAUUUAUUUGGACAUCACACACUAGUCUUACUCUUAUACAGACAUCAUACACACUCUCAUUAUAUCAUAUCCAAUAUCAUACACAUCAACCUACUCAGAUUUGUUACACACAUAAUUUGUCUCAAUUUUCUAACAUCUGUGGCAUUGGCUCACAGGCAAACAGGCAAGGGAAUAUUUUUGUUGUUGCUAGAACCUAUUUCUUGAAUUCUAAAUAUCAGACAUUUGAAAGCUCUAGUUUUGACCUUCAUAAUACCUCUGAUGGCAGUAACUUUACAAGCACUAAUUAUGGUCAAUUUAGCCUGAGAAUAGUAUCUAGUUAUGGUAAGGGGUGAAAUAAGUAUAGCUAGUUAUAAUUGUUACGGUUUGGCAGAUUAUAAAAAAGAAGAUCAGUCUUUACAUGGCUUAAAGAAAAGGAAUAUAACAUAUACUGUUUACAGGAAACUCACUCUACAUCCUUAGAUGAAGUUGCAUGGAAAAAGGAAUGGGGUGGUGAAAUAAUUUUCUGUCAUGGACAAAGGAACUCAAAGGGUGUGAUGAUAUUAAUUAACAAAAAUGUCGAUCUGAAUGUGCAAAUAAUCAGGAAUUAUUUAUAAGGAAGGUGGAGCCUUUUGAAUAUGAAUGUGGACGAAAAAGAGAUUUGGCUCAUUAAUCUAUAUGGUCCAAAUCAGGAUGAUCCACACUUCUUCGAAAAAACAUUUAUACCAAUUUAUUGAACUUACAGGCAACAAAUGAUCUAAUCAAGGAAAUCACAAAUAUUAUGGACACAUUAGAAAUAGUGGAUAUUUGGAGACUAAAAAACCCCGACCUAGUGCGAUAUACAUGGAGACUUAAUCAAGCUAGUCGUCUAGACUACUUUCUUGUCUCUUUCUCUCUUGCGUCAAAGGUUAAAAAAGUUUUAAUAUGAGACAGAAUGCGAUCGGAUCAUCAUCUAAUUGGCAUUCACAUAACUCUUAUAGAUUUUCCACGUGGACGGGGAUAUUGGAAAUUUAAUCAAAGUUUACUGGAGGACAACUUAAUUUUUAACUAAGGCAAAAUAAUUUAUAACUGAAUUUUUCCAGUGUGAAAUAGGUUCAGCAAAUCCCCUUAUUGUUUGGGAUACCUUUAAAUGUACCUUCAGGGGUCAUUCAAUUCAAUAUUCAUCAAUAAUAAAAAAGCAGUUUCUGGCUAAAGAGACAAGACUAACAAGGGAAAUCCAUGAACUAAUAGUACAGGUAGAUAAGCAAUAAAAAAAUGAUACUACAGAGAUACAAAAUAAGUUAGAGGAAAAACAAAAAUAACUUGAGGAACUUAUUCAAGAACGAUCUAAUGUAAUCUAUUACAAAAAUAUAGCAAACUGGAUGGAAUAUGGAGAAAAAUGCACAAAAGUCUUCCUGAAUCUCCAAUACAGGAAGGCUAACAAAAAUAAUUUGCAGAAACUCGUUACUGAAGACGGAGUCAUCUAUGAUUCUCCAAAUUAUAUUUUAAAAGAGGAAGCUAAUUAUUUUAGGCAGAUGUUCUCUUUUCCGUCUCAUCCUCUCCCAAUGAAUGAAGAUUACGGUAAGGAAUUCUUUCCAAAUAAUAUAAAAAAUGGAAAAUUAACAAAUAUACAGAAAGACCAGUGCGAAGGCCAAAUUACAGAGGAAUAACUUUUUGAGGCUAUUAAUCCUUUCAGUCUGGAAAAACCCCAGGGCUUGAUGGCAUACCGGUAGAGGUAUAUCAAGUAUUUUUUGAUAUACUAAAAGCUCCAUUGUUAGAUUGUUUUAACAAUCUAGAAAUGGUAGUCUGUCAGGUACUCAGCAGGAAGGUCUGAUUUCUCUAUUAUUAAAACAAGACCUAGAUGGCAAAUAUAAAGACCCAGUCUAUCUAAAAAACUGGAGGUCCCUUAGACUUCAAUGUUGUGAUGCAAAAAUACUAGCAGAAUGCAUUGCGCUCAGAAUUAAAAGGGUUUUACCAGGUAUUGUUCAUCCUGACCAGACAGGUUUUUUACAUGGACGAUACAUUGGAGAUAAGACAACUACUAUAAAUAAUAGAACAUCAUGAAACAUAUAAGAAGCCAGGAAUGGUAUUUAUAGCGGAUUUUGAAAAGGCAUUUGAUAAAGUAAGACUGGAUUUUAUUUAUAAAUGCCUGGAUUUUUUCAAUUUUGGUAAUUCUCUUAUAAAAUGGGUAAAAAUAAUGUAUAGCAACCCCAGGUGUAAAAUAGUUGUCACGUUCCUGACCUAUUUAUGUUAGUUGUUAUGUGUGUUAGUUGGUCAGGACGUGAGGUUGGGUGGGCAUUCUAUGUUUUCUGUUUCUGUGUUGGUUUUGGGUUGCCUGGUAUGGCUCUUAAUUAGAGGCAGGUGUUUGGCGUUCCUCUAAUUAAGAGUCAUAUUUAGGUAGGCGUUGUCACAGUGUUCGUUGUGGGUGAUUGUCUCCUGUGUUUGUGUAUGUCGUUGCGCCACACGGGACUGGUUUCGGUUUGUUUGUUAAGUGUCAUUUAUGUGUAGGCUUUUUCCCUGUUCGUGCGUUCUCGUGUGUUAUGUGAGUCCGUCGUUCAGAUCUGUUCUACACCGUUUAUUUGUUUUGUUAGUGUAUAGUCAAGUUCGUGUUUUUUCGUCUUGUCAUUAAAUUCAUUAUGUAUUCAAACUCCACUGCGCCUUGGUUCAAUCCCUGCUCCUCUUCGGAUGAAGAAGAGGAGGACAGCCGUUACAAUAGUAAAUAACGGCUACUUCUCAGAGUUUUGAAUUGUCAAGAGGAGUUAAACAAUGGUGUCCGCUGUCACCAUAUCUAUUCGUUAUGGCCAUCGAAAUGCUAGCUAUUAAAAUCAGAUCCAAUAACAACAUUAGAGGAUUAGAAAUCCAAGGCUUAAAAACAAAGGUGUCCAUGUAUGCCGAUGACUCAAGUUUUAUGUUAAGUCCGCAAGCUAGAUCCCUGCAAUGUCUCAUUAAAUAUAACUUUUCUGUACUCUCUGGACUAAAAUCAAAUUAUGAUAAGUGUACAGUAUUAUGUAUUGGAUCCUUAAAAAAUACAACUUUUACAUUACCCUGCAGAUUACCUAUAAAAUUGGUUGAUGGUGAAGUAGACAUACUCGGUAUUCAUAUCACAAAAUAUAUAAAUAAUCUCUCCACAAUGAAUUUCAAUAGAAAACUUGUAAAAAAAAAGACAAGAUCCUGCAACCAUGGAGAGGUAAUUACCUGUCUAUUUAUGGAAAAUUGCCCUGAUUAACUCCUUAGUCAUAUCUCAGUUUACUCACUUACUUAUGGCGUUGCCUACUCCUGAUGAUUCGUUUUUCAAAUCAUAUGAGCAAAAAAUAUUUCGCUUUAUCUGGGACGCUAAACCAUACAAAAUAAAACGAGCUUAACUAUAUAAUGAAUAUGAAUUGGGUGGGUUGAGAUUAUUUGUCACGUUCCUGACCUAUUUCUGUUAGUUUGUUGUAUGUGUUAGUUGGUCAGGACGUGAGUUUGGGUGGGCAUUCUAUGUUUUCUGUUUCUAUGUUGGUUUAAGGGUUGCCUGGUAUGGCUCUUAAUUAGAGGCAGGUGUUUGGCGUUCCUCUAAUUGAGAGUCAUAUUUAGGUAGGUUGUUUCACAGUGUUCGUUGUGGGUGGUUGUCUCCUGUGUCAGUGUUUGUCGCACCAUACGGGACUGUUCGGUUUGUUUUUGUACAUCGUCAUUUUGUGUAGUCUAUUUUCCCUGUUCGUGUGUUCUUCGUGUUUAUGUAAGUUCGUCGUCCAGGUCUGUCUACACCGUUUGUUGUUUUUGUUAGUUAUAGUGAAGUUCGUGUUUUUUCGUCUUGUCUUUAAAUAAAUUAUGUGUUCACAACCCGCUGCGCCUUGGUUCCAUCACUACUCCUCCUUUUCGGUUGAAAAGGAGGAGAACAACCGUUACAUUAUUAAAUAUAAAAGCACUAAACCUCUCUCUAAAAGCUUCACUCAUUCAAAAGUUUUAUUUGAACCCUAAAUGGUUCUCAAGUAGAUUCAUAAGAAAAGCUCAUCCAUUGUUUUGUGCAGAUUGCCAUGUGUCGUUUUCGAUUAAUUGAAAAUUAUACUUUUUUCAAAGCAUUGCAAAGCUGGCUACAAUUUCAAUUUCAUUCCCCUGAAAAGAUAUAACAAAUAUUACAACAAAUAUUAUGGCUGAACUCAAAUGUGCUGGUUGAUAAAAUACCUGUAUUUUUGGGAAAGAUGUUUGAAAAGGGUAUUUUGUUCUUAAAUUAUAUUGUAAAUUGUAAUGGUAGAGAUAUGUUCUUCAUGGAGUUAUCAGAAUUGUGCGGGAAGGUCUGCUCAAUCCAAGAGUACAACCAAUUGAUUACAGCAUUACCCCAGAAAUGGAGGAGGCGGGUGGCAGCGGGAGGAGGUAGGGAACUGGUCUGUCUGCCCAAUAUAAAGGAUCAAAACCGGCGGAGGAAUAAAAAUAGCAUAAAUAGGAAAGUAUACCAGUUUCAUUUGAGGACCAGGAUGUUGACAACUGUGCCAUACAGAUUGCAAAAUAGUUGGGAAGAGAUAUUUGAUGUACCGAUUCCAUGGUACAGGGUGUAUGAGUUGAUAUAUAAAACAAUGCAAGAUUCAAGACUUUGUGCUUUUCAGCUAAAAUUAUUAUAUAAAAUUCUUGUCACCAUCAAAAUGUUGAAAAUGUGGGGCAUAAAAUCAUCGAAGCUCUGCAGAUUUUGUUGUGAGGAUACAGAAUCAAUAGACCAUUUGUUUUGGUAAUGCCCUCAGGUAGCCUGUUUCUGGUCUCAGGUUCAGGAAUGGCUGAAAAUGCAUAGCAUUGAUCUAAAAUUGACCCUAGAAAUAGUACUGUUAGGAGAUCUGGAGAGACCGGGUCAGUCAAUUACUAAUAUACUAAUAAUCUUAGUAAAAGUAUUUAUCUUCAACAUGCAAUCUGUAGAUUCUAUUCGAUUAGAUAGAUUGAAAUUGUACGUUAAACAUCAUAGCAUAGUUGAAAGAUAUGUGUUGCGUAGAAACACGAAGUGGGUGGCCAGCAGAGAUAGAUGGGAUGGGCUGAGAGAAGCUGAGGGUUGGUAUGUGGAAUUGGAGACAAGUGGGAGUGGAGUUGCUGUGUGAGAGAGAGAAUGAUGGUCAAAAGAUAAAGGAGAAAAAAAAGUAAAAAUAAAACAUAAUAAAAGUACAUUUGAAUGACACGAAGUGGCAGUGUUUUUACAACUAAUGCCGGUUUGCCUGAGGCUGAUGCCGUGCAGGUGUUUGUACACAUGCAUAUACACACACUCUCAUUCAAAUAAACACAUACAAGAACACACACAUAUAUGUAAUAGUGCCAGACAUGCACAUAAACAUAUACAGUUGGCAUUGCUGUUAUGAUUUCAGUUGUCCUUGAUGUCCUUUGUUUUAAAUUUCUUAUUUAAAAAAAAAUAAUAAUAAUUGCAUUGUUGUUUGCUGUUUUCUUCUGUCUUUUCCUUUUUUCUCUUUAGUUCUCUUCGUUGUUGGUGCAUUGGGCGGUUCUUGGGGAAUGGAAUUAAUUGUAUUUAAAAAAUAUACAGUAUAUCACAAAAGUGAGUACACCCCUCACAUUUUUGUAAAUAUUUGAGUAUAUCUUUUCAUGUGACAACACUGAAGAAAUGACACUUUGCUACAAUGUAAAGUAGUGAGUGUACAGCUUGUAUAACAGUGUAAAUUUGCUGUCCCCUCAAAAUAACUCAACACACAGCCAUUAAUGUCUAAACCGCUGGCAACAAAAGUGAGUACACCCCUAAGUGAAAAUGUCCAAAUUGGGCCCAAUUAGCCAUUUUCCCUCCCCGGUGUCAUGUGACUCGUUAGUGUUACAAGGUCUCAAGUGUGAAUGGGGAGCAGGUGUGAUAAAUUUGGUGUCAUCGCUCUCACACUCCCUCAUACUGACUGGUCACUGGAAGUUCAACAUGGCACCUCAUGGCAAAGAACUCUCUGAGGAUCUGAAAAAAGAAUUAAACCACAAAUAAAUGCUGUGCUCAUGGAAUGGCAGAUUUGAGCACAAGUGAAAAGUGCUAUUUACAUGUGAAACAUUAAUGCCAUAUGCUGCAUUAGCUAUAGGCCUAUUGUUUACCUUUUUGUUGGUGACACUUUGACAUCUUGAUAAUAGCUGUUUAAAGGGCAAAUCCACAAAUUAAACAAUAACAAAACGGUCGCCCUGCCUCUGUUUUGGUAAAUAACUGAGGGAUGACCUGUUGAGUUGUUGUUCACCGGACGUGCUACCUGUCCCAGACCUGCUGUUUUCAACUCACUAGAGACAGCAGGAGCGGUAGAGAUACUCUUAAUGAUCGGCUAUGAAAAGCCAACUGACAUUUACUCCUGAGGUGCUGACUUGCUGCACCCUCGACAACUACUGUGAUUAUUAUUAUUUGACCAUGCUGGUCAUUUAUGAACAUUUGAACAUCUUGGCCAUGUUGUUAUAAUCUCAACCCGGCACAGCCAGAAGAGGACUGGCCACCCCACAUAGCUUGGUUCCUCUCUAGGUUUCUUCCUAGGUUUUGGCCUUUCUAGGGAGUUGUUCCUAGCCCCCGUGCUUCUACACCUGCAUUGCUUUGGGGAUUUAGGCUGGGUUUCUGUACAGCACUUUGAGAUAUCAGCUGAUGUAAGAAGGGCUAUAUAAAUAAAUUUGAUUUGAAUUUGAUUUGGAUGGGCCUGGAGAAAUGUAACCACUCUCAGAUUAAUAGACAGAGCUAUGGAUGCAAGGACUGACCAUCCAUUAUAUCACAUUAUUGUUUUAACCAUGUUUUGAGGCUAUACAGUGUUUGUUUAAAUGUACAAUGUUUACAAACAUUGGAGAAAAACAAGCUUACAUUUUGGGCUCUCAUGGAGUCUGACAGUUGAACUAAGCUCAUGAGGCAUUUAUAAGUUAUAUUCUUCAAAUACAGUACCAGUUUAGACACCUACUCAUUCCAGGGUUUUUCUUAAUUUUUACUAUUUUCUACAUUGUAAAAUAAUAGUGAAGACAUCAACACUAUGAAAUAACACAUGUGGAAUCAUCUUGUAACCAAAAAAGUGUUAAACAAAUCCAAAUAUAUUUUAGAUUUUAGAUUCUUCAAAGUAGCCACCCUUUACCUUGCUGACAGCUUUGCACACUCUUGGCAUUCUCUCAACCAGCUUCACCUGGAAUGCUUUUCCAACAGUCUUGAAGGAGUUCCCACAUAUGCUGAGUGUUUGUUGGCUGCUUUUCCUUCACUCUGUGGUCCAACUCAUCCCAAACCAACUCAAUUUUUUUGAGGUCGGAUGAUUCAGCAAUAAAAGCCUAAAAAAAAUAAAAGCCUUUUAUUCCAUAGGCUGGGAUCCGCACUGUGCAGCUGUUGCAGGAGCGCAUUUUUUGUGCCAAAUAUAUUUUUUCCGCAAACCUCCUUUCGGAAUUUAAAAGUAAUACUCAAAGUAAUCAUCUAGUUUUUUAAAAAUAUCUGUAAUCUGAUUCAAACAUUUUUGUUAGUAACGUAUUACAGUUUUUUGUAAUCCCUUACUCCCUAACCCUGCCAACCAGUAGCUGAUCUAUGCUGCCAUGCCUACCGAUGGGCUCUGGCAAAGACCUCCACUCCAGCAUCACCAAUGAUCAUUGAUGGGAAGAAGAGAAUUAGGCAGGUUUAGUCUGACCUGUUCAAACUUCAACAUACAAUAUGUUUGUGUGUCAGAUAUAUUUGUUUUAUUUAAAUAGGUAAGUCAGUUACAAUGACAGCCUACCCCAGCCAAACAACACUGGGCCAAUUGUGCACCGCCCUAUGGGACUUCCAAUCACAGCCAGUUGUGAUAUAGCCUGGAAUCGAACUAGGGUCUGUAGUGACAAUUCUAGCACUGACAUGCAGUGCCUUAAACCGCUGUGCCACUCGGGAGCCUGUAUUACCUGUCCUGACUGCCAUUGGUAAUACAACAGUGACUAUGUGUGCAUUGGUUCACAGAAAUGUGUAUGGAGCAAGUUUUUAAUUUUUUAUUGAACCUUUAUUUAACUUGCAAGCACAUGGAGACUUGCAAGAUGAUGUCCAGAAUGACAGAUGGGCUUGAAACGGAUGUCUCUGAAUGGAGAGAGACCUGGCACUCAUCAUUAAAAUUGUACUAGACUCGUUCUACUUUUAUUGUCUUUUUUUAAAUUAUUGAAUGGUAUCAGUCAAUAUGGGAAGUGAGAACUCCUGUGUAUUCUGCAACAGGAUCAGGGAACUCCUGUUGUAUACGGGACACCACACAGGAAGGUAUGACCACUCUGACAUGUUUGCCAAGGUAGCCCCAUUAGCACCAGACAAAAUGCCUAUAGGCACGGUAUCUGUAUCAGCUGGGAAUGAAAGGUGAAAGGUGCACAUUGUUAUAUUAUCAAAACACUGUUUCUGUAGUAUUAUGUAAAAGGCUUGUUUAUUUACCUGUUACUACAAUUAAAAGUGAUCAAAACACAUUCUUCUCAUAUUACUCUGUAGGCUACUGACUUACUGUAUUCAAAGUUUCCUCCAGCAUCUCACCAUACAUCUGCCUGUAGUAAUUAAACUCAACCUAGGAGGUUUGUUUAUUGUGAUUGAGUGGGGGGAAAGAGGUGCUGUCACAGUUCUGACAGAUGUGUGUGUUUUGGUGGUGGCAGGGACACACCUAAGAAACACCCACAUGAAACCAACUAAUGUUUGGCUUCUGUCAUGGCUGCCAGCAAUCUUUGAGGAGCCAUAAAACAAGGUCAAAUCAGCAGGUGGAGUUCCCCUUUAAUUAGGGCGCAUGAACCGCUAGCGGGACAUCAAUGACAACAUCCAGUGAAAUUGCAGAGAGCGAAAUUCAAAAUACAAAAAUCGUAAUAUUAAACAUGAAAAUACAAGUGUCUUACAUCAUUUAAAAGCUUAACUUCUUGUUAAUCCAACUGCGUUGUCAGAUUUCAUAAAGGGUUUACGGCAAAAGCAUACCAUGCAAUUAUCUGAGGACAGCGCCCCACAUCAAAAUAAAUAAAUCACUUACCUUUGAAGAUCUUCUUCUGUUUACAAUCCCAAUGGGUCCCAGCUACACAAUGAAUGGUUGUUUUGUUUGAUAAAGUCCUUCUUUAUAUCUAAAAAAGUCUGUUUAGUUGGCGCCAUUGACUUCACUAAUCCACUCGUUCAACGUGCCUGCAAAUGAAUCUAAAAAGUUACCGGUAAAGUUCGUCCAAACAAGUUAACGAUGUUUCUAAUUCAUCCUCAGGUACUCUAAUAUUUAAAUAAACGAUCAAAUUUAAGAUGGAGAAUAGUAUGUUCAAUAGGGAAGAUAAAUAACGAAGAGCGCGCACCUCAUUCACGCGUGCAUCAAGACUACUUUUCUAAUGAGGUACACCUUAGAAAAACUACAACUACUUGCUCAUUUUUCAAAAAACAAGCCUGAAACCUUUUAUAAAGACUGUUGACAUCCAUUGGAAGCCCUAGGUACUACAAUCGCGGUCCUUUUUGGUUGGAAAUUCAAUAGGCCAACAUAGGAAUGGUCGGGGUGAAAAAAAUAAUAAUACAUCUAAAUGGAUUUUCGCCUGCCAAAUCUGUACUGCUUUACUCACAGACAUUAUUUUAACAUUUUUAGAAACUUCAGAAGGUUUUCUAUCUAAUGCUAAUUAUAAGGAUAUCCUAGCUUCUGAGUAACAGGCAGUUUAUUUCAGGCACAUCAUUCAUCCAAAUUUCUAAACACUGCCCCCAGAAGACUUAAACACCAUCCACAAACAGUCCAUUAGGUAGCCACACUUAUGAGGACUGGCUACAUUUAUAUUAUUUAGCAGAUGCUUUGACUUAUGCAUAGAUUUCCAUAUUGCUUUAUACGUUACCGUAUGGGAAUUGAACCCAUAACUCUGGCGUUGCAAGGCACAUGCUCUACCAACUGAGCCAUAUCUGACAUAAAUUAUCUCUUGUAAGAAAUGAGGAUGACUGGCGAUUGGUUGAUAUGUCAGGAGUGGGUGGGGACUUUUCUACAGUGACGAUAACUGCAACAAUUUGUAGCAGACAAAUCUAAGUUGUUUUGUUUGCAUUUUGAACUAUAGCUGUAACGAGUUUGUCGCAACUGGCCAAAAGGUGUUAAUCUGUCUCUGGUACAGUACCUUUCUAUCUGCCAUAUUGGGAAUACAGUAUGUUACAUUUUGCAUUAUGACUUUGAACUACCUUGUCAGUUGGAAUAAGACCACAGUGAGUAAUGAAUACCGGUAGAAGUAUUUCAAGAGGCACUGAAAAAACUGAUUGGCACGUGUGUUUUUCUGUUGCGCAUUAGAAAAACUCGUUUUCAGUUUCGGAGGUGUGUUUCCUGACCAAUUAUGUAUGAGACACUUCCUCAAAAUCCCCCGAAUAAAUCUAAGAUAAGUCAAGAAAUCUGUAAGAAUUUUGACGUUUUUGCCGAGGAUGUUUUAGUUGUGAUAUUUUACAUCUAAGUAAGGUGUUUGGUACAGUAUUUCUCAAGUAAAAAAAUGCGUCACAUGUUGUUUCCUUAUGUAAAAAUGUAAAUAAUAAUCGGAACUGCUGGACAGGUCUGUCUCACUGUCUAUGCUAUUGGAUAGAGAUUAAUCACCGCAGUUAAUUAAUCACCCCAUGUUAGUGUGGAAAUGGACAUUGUCUAAUCAAAACCCAACCUUCAUUUAUUUACCCGAUGUGGAUGGAUUUUCCAAACUCCGUUUUAGACUAGACUGACUUUAUGACCAAAAUUCUCAUUUUUACACUGUAGUCAAUGUUGGCACUAACAUAACUGUUUCUGACUUAUAUCGACGACAAAUAGGCAGUUUUCUAGGGGAUUCAUUGCUUUUGAAAGGCAGUCGCUGUUUAUUCAAAGUAUAUUAUGUCUUGAACUGGUGGCCAGCGCUGGUGCUUUUUGAAAUAGGGGUGAGUUGACUCUAGGCUCUUGGAUAGGUUUAUUAUUGUUAUGGAGUUCUGAACGGUUUGCGUGUGUAAUGAUUUGACAGUGAUGCCAAAGUGACGCUUUGCAAUAGUAUUGCAAUAGUAUUCAAUUCAAUUAACCUGUACUGCAGUAUCAUACACGUUUUCUCUCUCCAGAAGUCAAAAAAGUGUUCAUUAAGCCACACUACUGCUUUUUAUCAAAACAAUGUCAUUUCGGAACAAGAGAGCUGAAGGUUUGAGGGUCUGUUUUCAAAUGCUACCUUGCCUGGGUAAAGUUGCGGGUAUGUUUGGUAUUAAACCUCCAAGUCAUCGAAUUUGCUAGGUCAUUUGCAAGCUAAAGUUUGUGACAGUCUCUGCAGUCCUAAAUAUUCUAUGAUAGAUGGUCCCUUAUUUAGAGAAUCUCUCAUGCUAUACAAUACAUCGACUUUACUAUAGGCUAUGGCAAUGUUUUUCAUAGAUGGAGUCCACCCAAUUUAAAAGUGCACAUUUACUUCCAAAACAUUUUUUAUCCUAUCGUGUAAGAUCAACAUAUACACAAUAAUACAAUAAUAAAUAGUCAAAUGAAUGAAAUAUCCUGUCUUGUAAGGUUAGCUAACGUUAGCAGUGUUUUAGAGAUGGGCUGACGUUAAAAUGGAAUAGCAUGCAUACAGUGACAGCUGGGUGAGAGAGGACUCUGACACAGCAGAUCUGUUCAACGUCAUCAAGCCUUUAUUAACGUCAAGUCUUUAUUUCGCGCGCGUCACGUGUCAAUGGCGUCAAUUCCAAUGGAGCCAAUGUAUUCCAAGGAUUUAUGCAGAACUCCACAUCUGAAGAGCGGAAGUAGAUGGAACAUUCCUGUGACUUCGAAAAGGCCAGAGCCCAGUGUGUCCAGCCAUCCGCACACCUCGCCCUUCUCUCUGGGUAAUCUUGAGCUCACCACUGUGUCCCUGAAAGUGGCAGAGGAUAGCCCGCUAUGCCACAAGCCCAGAGUGAUCCUCGCCCCUCAGCGCAGCAGUGCCCGCUUCGGAGUGCCCAGCCACAGCCCUUUCUUCUGUAGGAACAACCCCCACCCACAGAGGGUUAGGCACAUCAAGGGUAUCAAUGACAAACAAAUCUGUGCUGUCAAUGAUGUCAUCUUUGGCCAGUUUCCCCAGUACUGCUUUGGCAGGGUCCUGACCCUUGAGAAGAAUCUGGUGUUGCAGUCAAACAUGCCGACGGCGGCCAACAGCACCUACCUCCCUAUUGACGUCCUCACGGGCCUCCAGUUCUUCCCCCUGAAGCAGAAGGAUUCCCCCUCUCUGAGGUUAUUGACCGAGGCCUGGCGUGAGGAGUUGCGAGAGUUGACAGAGAGGGCAAGGCUUUUGGGACCAGGUGGAAGAGGCAGUGGUGUCCCCUUCUUCCCCCAGUCUGGCUGUGUGUCAGCCCUCAGGGGGUCUAGAGAUGACAGAGAGGGGAACCCUAAACUACAGCUGAUGGUGAUUGAUAUGUUGUGUCAGAUACUGCAAACGGAGUCUAUAGGGGAUGUCCAGCAAUGGAUUCUGACAGCUGGUCAAAGAGAAAUGGACCAGGUUCUAAGUCUGCUGUCUUCCGCCCUGGCAAAGGACCCGGUCUCAGCCUAUGAGGCUCUGGGAAGAGAGCAGCUGACAGUGAAGGAGGUUCAAAACCUCCCUCCUGCCUCCAGAAUGGCUUCGAUCAGUGAGGAGGAUACCACCAGAGAUCAUUCCCUAAAAAUUAUGUCAAACUGUGACUCAGGUAAACUGGAGGAUGCAGGCACAGAGAGGGCAGAGUCCAAGACCCCCAGGGAGAGACACAUUGCCAGACCCCUGAGUACCCAGAGGACCCUGUGUAGCCCCACCGUGUGUCACCUCAACCAAAAGGUGGUCCUACGUUACACCAAGCGGGCCCUGAUGCCUCACACACCACCUGAAGUGUUCCAGGCCGAAUGGCCCAACUAUACCCAGCAGGCACCUGGCUCACUCGUGACAUAAAACACAACUCUGGCAAUACACCUGGGGCUGGUUCAGGAAGUUGCAAUGUUACUGAACGUUCAGAUAGAAAUGUAUGAUGUAGAAUAGAUACCAUUGUCUGUCAUGUUGAAUAGGUUAUUGUAUCAGCUCUAGUGAUUCUAUUCAUAUCUGCAACACUCUGAAUGUUGUGCCCUAAAGAAUGAAAUCCUCCUGUGCAUCUCAAUAGACCUCUUAUUCAGCAAUCGGUAGUCAUUUUGUUCUGAUUUGGUUUGAAUUAGAUUUUGAAUUGGUGUUUCAUUGAGGUGGAAAGGGAGUUAAAAUGGGAUUUGAGUGUAAUCAUUAGUUACAGCAAUACUUUUACACUGUAAUGACAUAAGUAGUUACACAGUAAUAAUGGCAAUGUAACGUAAGUGUUACCACAUACUGCAUCACUACUAGUAUUUCUAGACUGACAAUUGUUCACACAAAUAGAAUAACAUAAUCUGAAAGACUAUAAAGACAAUAGGAUCCGUAGUCAAUAUAUCUGUAUAUUUAUCUCACUUAUUUCCCGAAUGCAUGAAAAAAUAAAGUGAAUCAAUGAAUGCCUAUUAAUGAAUACAAUAGACUGUGUACUACUCCCUUCACAGAACAGCGCAAACUGGCUCUAACCAGAAUAGAAAGAGGAGUGGGAGGCCCCGGUGCACAACUGAGCAAGAGGACAAGUACAUUAUUGUGUCUAGUUUGAGAAACAGACGCUUCACAAGUCCUCAACUGGCAGCUUCAUUAA